AUGAAAUUUCCAGAAAGGCAAAAAUGGUGCGUUUACAGUCUUUUUCUAUGUUUAACAUGGUAUGUGGAAGAGAUUUUUGCUACUGGGGAAAAUCAAGGAAUUUUUUGGGACAAGGUAUCAUCCAAUGAAUUAGUGGAGAUGGAAACAACUCCAUGUCUCAUCAAAACGGUCAACGUUUUAAACCGUUUGGAGUGCACAUACAGAUGCAUUAAUCAACUCCCUGAGUGUGCGGCUAUUUACUACAACAGCGUUUUGGAACUUUGCAAACUUCUUAGAUGCCGCCCAACGGACAAACUGGGAAACGAAAACCUUGUAGAGAUUCCAUCCGGAUGGGAAAUCUGGGAGGACACAGAAGCGUGUAAGAAUGAUUGGGCUCUUUUUGCUGGUCACUGUUAUUAUUUCAGUGCAAUUGGAACAAAAUGGAGCAACGCACAGGCUUAUUGCAGUAGUAUUGGUGCCUCCUUAAUAGAAAUCUAUUCUCAAACGGAAGAAGAUUGGGUCAAAAAUUCAUUCCUUUUGCCAGAAACCGGAGUUGAAACACAAUGCUCGAGGUUCUGGCACUGCUCUCUUUGGCUCGGUUCUUCUCGCAAUUCUACAACCUCAAACUUUUCAUACAACAGCGGGAAACCAAUUUUAUACCCAAAAUGGGACUUAUUUGAGCCAGAUAAUAGAAAUGGAAAUGAAAAUUGUGUCGCCUUGUUUCGGUUGCAGAAAAUGCAUGACUUUGAUUGUGACUAUAACAAUUUUCAAUACAUUUGUAAAAUGGAAAACUGAUGCGAAAUAAAGUUUGAUAUAUGUCGUUUAAGGUCAGACGACACGUUCCUCGAGAAUCUUUUUUGUAUCUCCUCGUAAUAAAGAGUUCCAAUAAAAAAUAUUAAUUUUAUAAUUACUUUAAAAAUGAUCAAAAUUUACUUGGAUUAGAUUAAAUGUCUAGAUGGUCGAGUGGUUAGAACUGUGGCCGCUCACUGCCAGUAGCGUAAAGGUUUUAGAGGUCGUGAG